AUGGCGCCGGCACUGCUGUCGUCCGCUUUCCUUCUUCUUCUGAUCUUCGCGGCACUCUCCGCAGAGGCCCAGUUCAGCGUGAAACUGGUCGGGUCGGGUGGCGCCGCCACGGCCGACCUGUACAACUCCUACGGCGCCUACUACGGCUACUCGAAGGACAACGUGGCCCUCGCCUACACCGCCAGCAUCGACCAGGCACUGCUCCGGUACCAGCAGAACCUGGUCGACUUUGUCGGCGUCGACACCGCGCUCGACCCGGACCAGUUCAACGGCGUCCAGGGCCUCGUGCAGCUGCCCAUCGUGGGCCUGCCGCUCGUCAUCGGCUACAACCUCCCACCCUCCUCCCCACCGACUCUCUCUGUGUUGGCCAAGGUGUGGCGCGGCGAGAUCACCCGGUGGAAUGACACGGCCAUCCUCGAACUGAACCCCAACAUCACCGCGCGGCUGCCCGACGCGGACAUCCUCACCAGCUACCGCACGGGCGGCGACGUGAGCGUGAGCACCGUGUUCAAGCGCGCCCUCAACAUCUUCACCAACGGCGCCUUCCCUCGCAACGGCUCCCUGGGCUCGCUCCCGCCCGUGGCCGCCGGCACCUCGUUCGGCUUCCCGACCGAUGCCGAUUGCAUCAACUACGUCAAGACGCAGAACAACUCGUUGACGUACAUGACGUCGUUCAAGGCGAAUGACGCCAGCAUCACCGUGGCGCGCAUGGUCAACGCCGCCGGCAACGUCGUGUCGCCCACGCAGGCCGCAGUGCAGGCCGCCAUGGCCGCCUUCCGCCCCGCCAUCGACACCGGCGACCUGACGGUGGACAUCCUGAACGCCAACGGCUCGGCCUCAUGGCCGCUGAGCUUCAUCACCUUCGCCCUCAUCCCCGAGAACAUCACCACGCCCGACUGCUCCAACGUGCAAGAGCUCCUCCUCUUCCUGUCCUGGACGCAGCUGAACGCCAAGGCGACGGCGGUGGCGAGCUCGCUGGGCUACACGUCGCUGAUCAACGCCUACCGCCGGCGGCUGAUCGACGCGAUGGGCACGAUCUACUGCAACGGGCAGAAGGCCUUCAAGACGGCCGUGCUCCUGGGCAUGGGCGCGCCCUACACCAUCUACUACAACUGGGUGGCCAACUACCCGAGCACGGCCUUCAAGGUCCAGUACACGGCCGUCGUGUCCCAGACCGCGUUCAACGAGAUGGCCGCCGGUGACAUCGACUUUGCUGCGCUCGCGACGGCGCUCACGCCCGCGCAGAAGGCGCUCGUGCCCGAUGGCGAAGGCGUGCCGACCAUCGGCUACGGCAUCCUCCCCGUGUACAAUAUCUCGGAGCUGGUGGACAAGGACCCGCUCAUCCUGGACUGGCAGGCCAUCUCCGACAUUCUUCUCAACAAAAUCACGACCUGGGACCACGCGUACCUCAAACAGCUGAAUCCGCACCUCGCCAACGACCUGCCGCAGAAGCCGAUCACGAUCGUCUACCAGACCGACGCGUCGUCGCCCGUGACCGCGCUCUUCACCGACAUCCUCAGCCGCCGGGUGCCCGAGUGGCAGCAGACCAUGGGCAACUCGACCACCUACCUGGGCUGGUUCCCGGCCAUGGACUCGGGCCGGGCCAAGGGCGGCUCGCUCAGCGGCAACGCCAUGUUCAACCUCCUCGUGAACGAGCCCUACUCGUUCGGCUUCUACCACAACCUCGACGUGGUGACGUCGCGCACGCUCAAGGCCGCCAAGCUGUACAACGACGCCGGCAGCGUGGUGGCGUGCGAUCCGACCACCAUCAACGCCGCGAUGCAGGACGUCAAGGACAACAUCACGCCCGCCAUCGCACUCACGCCGGGAGUGAACAGCUGGCCGAUGGUGCUGGUCAACUUUGUCACAUUCCACACGCGCGAAUUCCAGGACUGUACCAAGGCCACGGGCCUGCUCGACUACCUCUACUGGACCCAGACCAACGCCGAAGCCGGCGCCAUGGCCACCGCGGCUGGCGUGGUGGUGGGCGCAACGAUCCCGUCAGUGAAGCGCCGACUGCUCACGGUAUUGGAUGAGACCACGUGCAAGGGCGUGGCGGCGAGCUCGCUCCACGGCUGCAUCAUCGACGGCACCCUCUGCUCCGACCACGGCACCUGCAAUGCGGGCUCCUGCGCGUGCGAGUCCGGCUGGCAGGGCACCUACUGCAACGAGCUCGGCCGCAGCGCCGAAGAGAUCGCGCUCAUCGCCACCCUGGCCGUCGUGGUCCCCAUCGUCGCGCUGGCCUUCCUGGUGCUCGUGUGCGCGCUCGUGGCGCUGUUCGUGUACGCGCGCCGCAAUCGACGCGGCAAGGACGACUGGGAGAUCGACGCCGACGAGCUCGAGAUGGGCGCCCACCUGGGCACGGGCGGGUUCGGCGAGGUGCACCGGGCCAUGUGGAAGGGCACCGAGGUGGCGGUCAAGAUGAUGACCUCGGCCAACGUGACGCGCGACAUGGAGCGCAACUUCAAGGACGAGGUGCGCGUCAUGACCGCGCUGCGGCACCCCAACGUGGUCCUCUUCAUGGCCGCCUCCACCAAGCCGCCCAAGAUGUGCAUCGUCAUGGAGUUCAUGGCCCUCGGCUCCCUCUUCGACAUCCCGUACAUGCUGAAGGUGAAGAUGGCCUACCAGGCGGCCAAGGGCAUGCACUUCCUCCACUCGUCGGGCAUCGUGCACCGCGACCUCAAGUCGCUCAACCUGCUGCUCGACAACAAGUGGAACGUCAAGGUGUCCGACUUUGGCCUCACCAAGUUCAAGGAGGACAUCAAGAGCACCGCCAAGGGCGGCGGCGCCAUGGCGGGCAGCGUGCACUGGACCGCACCCGAGGUGCUCAACGAGACACCCGGCGCCGACCUGGUCCUCGCCGACGUCUACUCUUUCGGCAUCAUCCUGUGGGAGCUGCUGACGAGGCAGCAGCCCUACGCGGGGCUGAGCCCGGCGGCGGUGGCGGUGGCGGUGAUCCGGGACAACCUGCGGCCGACGAUUCCCGACGAGCACGGCGCGCCGGCCGAGUUCGAGGCCCUCAUGACCAGCUGCUGGAACGUGGACCCCGUCAUCCGGCCCGCCUUCCUCGAGAUCAUGACCCGCCUCAGCACCGAGAUGGGCGCACAGGGGUCGUCGUUCAAGACCGGAUCGUCGUCGACCGGGUCGUCCAUUCACGGCAUGACUUCGUCGUGGACCGCCUCGGCCGGCACCAGCAGCUCCGGCGGCGGCAACUCCAGCUCCUCGGGCGGCGACUCGGACGGGUCGAUGGGCGCAGCAGGCGCGGUUGGCGCGGGCGCGCGGGCGCCAGAGGGCGAGGUGGCGAUCGUGUUCUCGGACAUCACGCGCGCGGCCUCGCUGUGGGACAGCAACGCGAUGGCCAUGCGCGACGCGACGCUGCUGCACAACGAGACGCUGCGCGCGGUGCUCAAGAAGCACGGCGGGUACGAGGUGGUGUUCCUGCGCGACCGCAACAGCGGCGAGGGCUCCUUCUGCAUGGCCUUUCAGGAGGCGAGCGCGGCGCUCGAGUGGUGCAUGGAGGUGCAGCAGGAGCUGCUCAAGGUCGACUGGCCCGCCGAGCUCGUGGCCCACCCUGGCGCCGCCGAGGAGUGGGGCGACAACGACGAUCGGGUGCUGUUCAAGGGACUGCGGGUGCGGAUGGGCGUGCACUGGGGCAAGCCGCGUGUGGUCAAGGACCCGAUGACGCGGCGCGUGGAGUACAUAGGACCAGUGGUCAAUGCCGCCGCCCGCAUCACCGCCCUCACCCACGGCGGCCAAGUGCUGCUGUCGCACGCGGUGUUCAACAAACUGAAGGGCACGGCGGUCGGGGAGGAGAGCAAGCGCAUCCAGUGCCUGGGUCGGUUCGAGAUGCCGGAUUCGCCGUCGGGGUCGAAGCUGUUCGAGCUCAAGGUGCGCGGCCUCGAGGCCCGCUUCUUCGGCGGCGUCUCGCCCGCCCCAGGCGACGGCGACCACUCCUCGUCCAACACCGGCUCGUCGGGCCGAACCGACGGAGGCAACCACACCUCCGGCGGCGACAGCGGAGGGGGCGGCCAUGACGGCCGAGAGCUGCAGACGGCGGUGGGCGAGGGCAUGAUGUUCAAGGAGGACAACUUCCUCACUUCGGCCAACCUGUGCCGGUGGGUGAUCGACUUCAGCGAGGUGCAGCUCGGGCGGCAGGUGGGCCUCGGGUCGUACGGCGUGGUGUACCGGGGCAAGUGGAAGGGCGUCGACGUGGCGGUGAAGCGGUUCAUCAAGCAGAAGCUGGACGAGCGGCGCAUGCUCGAGUUCCGCGCCGAGAUGGCCUUCCUGUCGAGCUCCACCACCCCAACAUCCCUGCAGGACAUCCUGUCGGAGGGCGCCAUCAAGCUCACCUUCGGCCAGAAGCUGCGCAUGCUGCGAUCGGCGGCGCUGGGCAUCAACUACCUCCACUCGCUCCACCCGGUGAUCGUGCACCGCGACCUCAAGCCAUCGAACCUGCUCGUGGACGAGAACUGGAACGUCAAGGUGGCCGACUUCGGGUUCGCGCGCAUCAAGGAGGAGAACGCCACGAUGACGCGGUGCGGCACGCCGUGCUGGACGGCGCCGGAGGUGAUCCGCGGGGAGAAGUACUCGGAGACGGCCGACGUGUACUCGUUCGGCGUCGUCAUGUGGCAGGUGCUCACGCGCAAGCAGCCCUUUGCCGGGCGCAACUUCAUGGGCGUGUCGCUCGACGUGCUCGAGGGCCGACGGCCGCAGGUGCCCGGCGAGUGCCCGCAGGCCUUCAAGAAGGUGAUGAAGAAGUGCUGGCACGGCGAUGCCCACCGCCGCCCGUCCAUGGAGAGCGUCGUCGCCUUCUUCGACUCGGCCCUCGGCGAAGAGGACGGCGCCGCCCCCACCGACAUGGACCCCUGA